AUGCUACGAAAAAUGUCAUCAGGGACAAAAGAAGAAAAUAUUACAAGGAAACCAAAGGAAAGAGCAGAAGAGAAGGUCAACAGGAGAAAUUCUUCAUGUGAGGAUCGUGGACGCAAUAGAAAACCUGUAGAAAAGCCUAUAAAGAAGGAGAACGCAAGAGUGAUCGUAGAGAAAAAUCCCAAGGAAUCAGCCGUUGGUCGAAAUAUCCAUAAAACGGGAGAGAACGAGUGUAAAAAGAUGAAAAGAGAACAGAACGGAAUGAGUGAGGAUAUAAAAAGAAGAAAGGAGAGCAAAAGCGAAGAGAAGUUCACCAACGCCGCCAGAACCGCGAACGUAGCAGAAGCACCGGAGAAGAAGUCGAGGAAGGAUUUUUCCACGGGUGGGAAUGAGAAGGUAUCCAGAAAGGAAAUGGACGCGCAAAAAAAGCAAAAUCCGGGCCGUACUCGGAUGAAAUCGGACAGAAGUCCAGUCGAAUCGCCGGACCUCGACGCGCAUGUCGAGGCUAUCCACGAGAGAAGAAUGUCGUUACCGAAAACAAUCCUAACCGAUCCAAUGUCAGAUGUGGAAAUAGUGAUUGGUGAAGACGGUAGACCGGUCUUUCUCCCAAGACAAGCUUCAAAAACCGAGGAAGAACUGGUGGAAGGACUCACUGACAUCAGCUUAGCGAAUGUGAAAAACGUGGACGAACGUACCGCGAAUUUCAUUCCUGCAUGA